AUGGCUAGUAUACCAUCUCAUCAAUUAAAAGAGACAAAAUAUAAUCCAUUGACAGGAGGAAAAAAUAUUCUUGAAGAUUUUAAAGCUCAAGUAAAUCGUGGAAAUUUUCAAAAAAAAGAAAUUGUUUUGUAUGGAAGUAUUUUUCAAGAUGCAUUGGUACCUUUAAAGCAAAGACUUCAAGGUUUAUGUGAUCCUGGAGAGGUUAAAUUUCGGGAACAUGAAAUAACUUUUUAUUUAAGUAGUGAUUUUAUAGAUACAAAAACACCUUUUGUUUUUAGGUUUAGGAGAAAAUUUCCAAACUAUGAAGGAAACUUGAUGCAUCUUAAAUAUAUUGGAACACCAGAAUUAAAUGAUAAAUGUCCUUGUAUUGUUAGGAAUCGUAUUGAUACAGUUACCCAGAGUUCAGAUCAAAUGGAAUUUAUUAGAGGUUUAGGAUUGAGGACUGAUUAUGAAUUCAUUGUUGAAGGGUAUGCUUAUACAAAAGGUGAAAUUGUUAUUACUGUAUAUAAAUUAUCAAAAAUAGAAAAAAUGGGUUAUUAUGAUGAUAAAAAUGUAAAACCAUUUAGUAAUUCAUAUUUAGUUGAGAUAUCUUUACAAAUUCCAUAUCUUCAAGAUUACUCUGCUCCAGCUAAAGCUGUCCGUGACUUUGCUGAUCAACUUUAUCCAAUCGUUGAGAUGCGAAAAGUAAAUUAUUGGUCUACCCCUCAACCUAAAGAAAAAAAACGGGAUAAAAAUUAA